CGGCCCUCGUCUGACUAUGUGAUCGAUUCCACCUGGGACUACAGCGCAGCCCCGACGGUGCGAGAGUAUCACUGGGUCAUCUCGGACAUGGCAGCCAACCCCGAUGGAGUCUUUCGGCCCAUGAUGGUGAUUAACGGCCAAUUUCCAGGGCCCAUGAUCGUGUGCAACCAAGGGGACACGAUUGUCGUCAACGUGGUGAACGAGGCAAAGAAUGCUACGGCGAUACACUGGCACGGUCUCUUUCAGAACGGCACCGUCUUCAUGGACGGCACAGUUGGGGUCACGCAGUGUCCCAUCGCUUCAGGCCAGUCGUAUCGGUAUGAGUUUACUGUGAAGGGACAGGCCGGAUCAUACUUUUACCAUGGGCACCAAGCUGCGCAGGGCCUGGAUGGCCUCUUUGGCCCCUUCAUCAUCCUCUCCACAGAAGAGAAGGAGAACCAGCCCAUUCCCUAUGACACGGACCGCGUCAUUAUGGUGCAAGACUGGUACCACGACGUCUCUGACGGGUUGUUGAGGCAGACGCUCUCCCCAGGAAGCGAAGCCUCGCCCAUCCCCAACGGGGCGCUCAUCAACGGGGCCAACAAGCUCGACUGCUCGCUGCACCCAGGCAGGCACUGCGACAGCUCGUCAGCUCUGCUCCCGACAUUCGAUCUCGAGCCAGACAAACACCACCGGCUCCGGAUCAUGAAUGUUGGCGGCUUUGCCUGGUUCGAGGUCAGCGUGGAUAAGCACCUCGACCUCCCCGUGACAGAGGUCGACGGCGUCACUGUCGAGCCCAGCUCCGAUUCGGCUGUGCUUGUCGGCCCCGGUCAGCGGUACAGCGUCAUCCUCUCGACCAACCAGACCACCAACAACGACGACGACGACGACAACAACAACCUGUUUUGGUUUCGAGCGCGCAUGGUCAGCCACUGCUUCGCCGAGAACGUCCUGCCCGACAAGGGCGUGGCCUCUGCGCAGGCCAUCAUCCGGUACACCGCGGCAGAAGAGACCCCCUCCACUGCGCAGCAACAGCAGCACAAACUCCCCCAGACCCAAGCCGACAGUGGCAAGUUCACUGUCAUCUGCAAAGACCCAGCACCAGGCUCCUACAGGCCCCUUCCCGCGCGGGCGGCCCCUGCAUACGCGCACCACUCGUGGUACCUCCGCGUCAACCUCGAGAUCGGCGACUGGCGCCUCGAGCGGGGCUUUCUCAACAAGAGCACCCUUCGCCCGCAGGUGCAAUCGCCCAGCCUCCACCGCGUCGUGGACGGCCUGCAGGCGGGCAACGCCUCCUUCGGCAUCGAGGGCGUCAACGACGUCGCCUUUGACAAGAAGCACGAGCUGGUCAUCAGCUCCGGGUCCAUCGAGGUCGUCGACGUCAUCCUGCAGAACUUUGACGAGGGCAACCACCCGUUCCACCUGCACGGGACCCAGAUGUUCAUCCUCGCCGCUGGGCACGGGUAUUUCCCAGGCUACGAGGCCCUGGGCCUGAAUCCCGGCGGCAAGGGCCUGCUCAAUGCCAGUGACGACUCGGUCGUCGCCAACCCGACGAGGCGGGACGUCACCACCGUCGAGGGGUUCGGCUGGACCCUGGUGCGGUUCGUGGCGGAUAAUCCGGGCGUGUGGCUAUUCCACUGCCAUAUGAUCUGGCAUGCCGAGGCCGGCAUGGGCAUGCAGUUUGCCUCGCGGCUGGAUGUCAUGCGGAACUGGACGGUUCCGGAGCAGAGCACCAGGCUUUGUGAGGCGCCGGUCGAGGAGCUGGAGAAGGGGGCUACGCCCAAGGAUAGUAUAUGGUUUGGGCAUUUU